AUGGCUUUCGAUCCUGACCAUGUCAAUCUGAACAAGGCCAGCAAGGAGGAUGUCCUUUGUUACCUGGCCAUCUCGGAGAACCAAUACAAUGGCCACCUCGGCGCUCGCAUUUCGUCCAUCUUUGUGAUUCUCUUCGUCUCCUCCGCCUUCACGGUCUUCCCUGUACUGGCCAAGCGGAUUCCCUCCUGGAGAAUCCCGCAGAAUGUCUAUCUCUUUGCUCGCUACUUCGGCACCGGCGUGAUCGUCGCUACAGCCUUUGUCCACCUACUCGACCCGGCCUACAAAAGAAUCGGACCGAAGACCUGUGUCGGACAGUCAGGAUACUGGGCGGAAUACUCGUGGUGUGCCGGCAUUGUGCUGUUCACAGUCUUUGUAAUCUUCCUCCUGGAUCUGGCAGCAGAGAUCUACGUCGAACACAAGUAUGGCAUGCACAAGAACGAAGAAGCCACCAACGUCUUCAUCGCCCAUGAGCAUCAUCUCGAUGUGCAGCCUGCCCCAACGCAGCCCACCAUCAUUUCCGACGACAAGGCAAGACGCGUCGAAACAUGGUCCUCCGAGAGCGACUCCACAGCAGCAGAGCAAUCCUUCCGCCAACAGAUCGCAGCCUUCCUGCUUCUAGAAUUUGGCAUCAUCUUCCACUCAGUAAUCAUCGGCCUAAACCUCGGCGUGACAGGCUCCGAGUUUGCAACUCUCUACCCAGUACUAGUCUUCCACCAGUCCUUCGAAGGACUCGGAAUUGGAGCCCGCAUGUCAGCCAUCCCAUUCGGAAACCACACCUGGCUGCCGUGGAUUCUGUGUGCGGCGUACGGCCUAACCACUCCGAUCUCCAUUGCAAUCGGCCUGGGACUGCGAACUACCUAUGUGCCGGGCUCGAAGACGUCUCUCAUUAUUCAGGGUGUGUUGAAUGCCAUCUCGGCUGGGAUCCUGAUCUACACUGGACUGGUUGAGCUCCUGGCUCGUGACUUUCUGUUUGAUCCCUGCCGUACUAGACGUCGGUCGAAGUUGUUGUUCAUGGUGUGCUGUACCGUGUUGGGUGCUGGGAUUAUGGCACUGAUUGGGAAAUGGGCCUAA